AUGAAUAUGCACUCCGAUUCCGACAACAGUUCUGAUUCAGACAAUUCAGACUCUGACUCUUCAUCAUCAUCCUCAUCAUCAGCCUCUGAACAUCACUCAUGGGAAGAUUUGUCAGUUAAUGCAAAUUUAUGUGAGGAAAAGUCCACAAAUGACAAUGAUACAUCGAAAGAUGACUGGGUUGACAUUUCGUCAAACUUGUCGGACUCAUCUGAUGAUGAAUAA